AUGGGGAACAGCGAGAGCUGCCCAGUCUACGACGGAAAUUUCGUGCGCGCCGACUCCGGCGCAGUGAACUGCGGUGCCUGCCCUCCUCCAGUCUCGACAAGUGAAGAUUCCUGGCUCAUCUUUCACCUCUUGGUGAGCUUCGUACUUGUUGCCUACGUACGCUGGAGCCGCGUAGUCAUCCACAAUCACGCCUGCAACGAACGCGAGUUGCCUGCGUGUUGCCAACGGCAACUACAUGAACGUGCUGCAGCGAGACUGACCGCCCUUCGGACCGAGUACGCCUCUUUCCUUCAGAUGCUCAAAGUGGGUCUACCACGGGUCGUAGUCGACCACAAAAUGCGGGCUGAAAGCAAGGACCCGAGCGUAUUAGACGAGCUUAUUGCAACAACGACAAAGGCAAAGAAAGUGCCAGCGCCUAUUGAAAUCCUAAAGGUGCAAGAACCAGUCGAGGAUAAGGACCCAGAACACACUCAGAAGGUUGAGUCAUUUAUGAGGAUGAUCAAGGUAGGAGUUCCGCGUCAUCUUGUGGAGAUGAAGGCCAGGAGAGAAGGUGUAGACCCGGCGGAACUAGACGGAAAGCCUGCAACUGUUCUAGCUGCACGAUCCAGACGCUCCAGUAUCAGUUCUGUCGUGUCGACCGCUCCUUCCACACCUGAUGCCUUGGCCACGCGCUCUGCCUCCACUGUGGCAAGUAAUAACGGCCGCACAUUGGCCAUGAUGGCACUUCGUAAGAUGAACAAUGGCAUGCGCAAGAAGCUACACUGGUCGACAACGCCAUACACCGAGGCGCUCGUCCCAGCUCAACGCCGUGACUCCCUUUGGAGCAAAAUCCACGCCAAAGAUAAGCUUGAUCGUGUGUGCAUUUCAACUGAAAGUCGACGUUGGAUGGAGAAGCUUUUUGUCAAAGUUGUUGCAAAGGCAAAACGCGAGCGUGCAAACUCGAAUCCGGCUAUCUUUGACGAACAGGGUGAACCGGAAGUCGAAAUGGGUGGAGAGGAGGAAAUGGCAAAAGACCCGGGCAGUGCGUUCCUACACCGCAAACUGUAUGUCGUGCUUCUGGACCACAAAAAAUCACAGAAUAUUGCCAUUGUUCUCGCACGUGUGAAACGAACUUUUCCCGAGCUCACUCACGAAAUUUUGACAUUGAAUUGCGACGUGUUAUCCAGUCCAGCUCUGCAGUCGUUAAUCGACAUGUGGCCUGACAGUGCGGAGCAAGAGGCAAUCGACCAAUUCGAUGGCGACGUGUCGAGGUUAGCUACGGCCGAGCAGUUUUUAAUAGUAGCGCGCAAGAUACCGAGAGCACAGCAAAAGCUACGCUGUCUCCAGUUCAAGAUGGAUUUCGCACCGCGAGUCGAGGAACUUCGCGACAAUUUGAAGUUGCUCAUUCGAGGUAUCCAGCAAGUAUGUGCAAGCGAUCGUUUCGCUGGCGUCUUGGAGUAUGUUUUCCAUUUGGGUAAUCUACUGAACUUCGGCGAAGGAGUGGAGUACACAGAAUGGGUCAAGAGUAUUUCCAUUAGCUCAUUGGCGAAACUUUCGUUCACAAAGGCAUACGACGGACGGAUAUCGUUCCUGCAGUAUGUAAUCCAGUCGGUCGAGCGUGAUGAGCCACACCUCGCACUGUUUAGUGACCAGUUGCCUUUAAUCACCAAGUGCAGUAAACUAUCUGUCCAGAGUCUAUUUGCCGAGUGCCAGUCACUCAAGGGCGGACUUCGAAUGCUGAUCAACGAGACACAAAAGGCGGCAGUUUUCAAGACUGACGACGCCGAUCUACGCGCAGAUUUAGCCAAGUCACGGGAGAGCAUGAGGUUGUACGCCAUGGAAGUCGAACAAGAGCUCAACGGCGUGCAAGAACUCGUCGAUCAACUUGAGAGAGAGAGAAAGCACUUUUUGAAUUACUUCGAGGAAGAGGAUGCUUUACCGAUCGACGAGUUGCUCGGCUUUAUCGCCAGCUUCGCGGACGAAUACACGCGAGAACGUCAGCAACUUAUUCUCCGUGCUCGACGUGCACUGAAAACCAAUCACAAUCGCUCGUCCUCGACCAACUCGUUUCCUCUGAAGCGUCAUAGUUUGUAA